AUGGCCACCACCGACGGAGGAGUUGAGCUGCCAACGCAACAGCCCGAACAAGUCGAGCAAGCGAACCAAGUCGAUCAAGUCGAAGAAUCUGCACCGGCAGAGACAACAACCAACGAUGAGGAUAACGAAAUUGACGACUUAUUUGAUGACGACGAUGAAAUAGUGCCUGAACUGAUAUCGGGCGACCACCACGACUUUACCAAAGCAUACAACCGCCAGCGAAAGCUCAACGAUACGAACAUACCAGACGAUCACAAGCCCAAGUCGAACCCACAGAAGCCUUCAGCCAACACAAAUGCCUCCAUCGAUGAUCAAGUCGCAUCGCUAUCAAAGCAUGCCGGCAAGAUUCGCCUCACGGGGAACAUGACGGGCGCGUCGGGGGGCAACGCAAGGAACAAAGACAAGGCAGACCGCGCGACAACUGAACAAGUGUUGGACCGAAGGACUCAGAUGAUCCUGCUCCAGCUCAUAAACCGCGGCGCAAUCUCAGAGAUUCACGGUGUCAUCUCCACAGGAAAAGAAGCCAAUGUCUACCAUGCUAUGGUAGAAGCUACGGAUGAUGAUGCCGAGUCCAUCCACCGCGCCGUCAAGGUAUACAAAACGUCCAUCCUUGUCUUCAAGGACCGCGCCAAGUACGUCGAAGGCGAGUUCCGCUUCAGACAGGGAUACAACAAGAGCAACAACCGUGCCAUGGUACGGAUGUGGGCAGACAAGGAGCGCAGGAAUCUGGCCAGAAUACACGAUGCAGGUAUCCCGUCACCAAUGGCUCAUGCGCUGCGAAACCACGUUCUUGUCAUGGGCUUUGUGGGCGACCGCAAGGGCAAGGCCGCGCCUCGUCUAAAGGAUGUGCGCUUCGAGGGUCUUACAGCAGAGGAAGAAGACGCAAAAUGGACCAGUCUCUAUCUCGAGAUGCUGGCCUACAUGCGCAUAAUGUACCAGACAUGUCGCCUCGUCCAUGCCGACUUGAGCGAAUACAACGUCCUGUACCACGAAGGCAAGCAAUGGAUCAUCGAUGUCUCGCAAGCCGUCGAACACGACCAUCCCCGCUCUCUCGAGUUUUUGCGUAUGGAUAUCAAGAACGUAUCUGAUUUCUUCCGCUCACGCAAUGUUGAAACGCUUAGUGAGCGCAAGGCUUAUGCCUACAUCACAAGUGAAUCAGGUGCCAAGACUGUUCAAGAGCAACCACAGAUGGAAGACAGCAUCCGUAGCUUGUUGAACAAGAAGCCGUUGACCGAGGAGGAAAGGAAGAAGGAAGAGGAAGACGACGAUGUCUUCCGCAACCAAUAUAUCCCACAGACACUCGAACAAGUCUACGAUAUUGAACGCGAUGCUGAGCUUGUCAAUGCUGGUGCUGGCUCCGACCUUCCAUACCAAGCCCUCCUUGCUGACAGAGUCGUUAACAACGAAUCUGAAGGCGAGGAUUCAGACGAUGGCUCGGAUGAUGGUAGCUCGUCUGAGGUUGAUCAAAGUAUCUUCGAAAAGGGCCCAAGUCGUGGAAAGAAACACGUGGAUCAUGACGAGAAGGUCGCACACAAGAAGGCCGUUAAGGAAGAGAAGCGGGAGAAGAGGAAGGAGAAGAUGCCGAAACACAUGAAGAAGAAACUGACCAGUCAAGGCGGUGGCCGUAAGAAGUGA